AUGUUCGGCAAACUGACCGCGCAGACUCGUCUCUACAGCAAGGGCAAGAUCAUGGGCCACAGGCGGGGCAAGCACAGCCAGCAUCCCAACGUGACGCUGAUCAAGAUUGAGGGCGUGGAGAACUCCAAGGAUGCUCAGUUUUAUCUCGGCAAGCGCAUUGCCUACAUCUACAAGGCCCCCACCGCUGUGCGUGGCACCAAGGUCCGUGUGAUCUGGGGCCGGGUAACGCGGUCCCACGGCAACGCCGGUGUUGUGCGCUCCAAGUUCCGCCACAACAUCCCCCCCAAGGCCUUUGGCUCUUCUGUCCGUGUUCUUCUGUACCCGAGCAACAUCUAA